AUGGGGAAGAAGCGGUUUGGUGUCGCGGUGGCUGUUGCAUUCUUAGCCUUGAUUCAUGUAUCUGUCUCAGUUCCUUUCAUAUUGAUUCAUGGAAUUUCAGCUGAAUGUUCUGAUCAUACAAAUUCUAACUUCCCACGGCUUCUCACUAACCUCUCUGGCUCUCCUGGCUUUUGCUUAGAAGUUGGAAAUGGAAAAAGCGAUUCAUGGCUCAUGCCGCUUACGAAACAAGCAGAAAUCGUGUGUGAGAAGGUGAAGCAAAUGGAAGUGUUACGUCAAGGAUACAACAUUGUUGCAAGAUCUCAGGGGAAUCUAGUGGCUCGAGGGCUGAUCGAGUUCUGCGAUGAUGCGCCUCCGGUUUACAAUUACAUAUCUUUAGCAGGUCCUCAUGCUGGAAUCUCCUCUGUUCCUUGGUGCGGUUCUGCUAUAUGGUGUGAGAAAGCAGCUAAACUGAUCGAGAAGGAUAUCUAUACCGAAUACGUUCAAGAUCAUCUAGCUCCUAGUGGUUAUAUAAAAAUCCCUAGUGCUAUCACAAAGUACCUGGAACAUUCAAAGUAUUUACCGAAGCUUAACAAUGAGAUACCAAGCCAAAGAAACGCAACUUACAAGAACCGUUUCUCAAGCUUACACAACUUGGUUCUUGUCAUGUUUGAGAACGAUACGGUAAUUGUUCCAAGAGAUUCGUCUUGGUUCGGUUUUUACCCGGAUGGUGGUGCAAAUCAACCACUUCUCUCUGUACAACAGACAAAGCUCUAUACAGAGGAUUGGAUCGGUCUGAAAACGUUGGAUGUUGCUGGUAAAGUGAAGUUUGUAAGCAUAUCUGGAGGACAUCUCCAAAUGGCAACUCGUGAUAUUGUCAAAUACGUUGUGCCUUAUCUCCAAAACCAACAAACGACCGCAAAAGGAAGGAACCAUUGUUGUUAUUAA